CGCUUCCUUUCCUUCAGGAGGUGGAGAGGAACCUCCAGGAUGCCAUGCAGGUGUGUCGUAACGUGUUAUUGGAGCCCUUCCUGUUGCCUGGAGGUGGAGCUGUAGAGAUGGCGGUGUCUAAACGUCUGAUGGAACGUUCUCGCUCUCUGACCGGUGUUGAUCAGUGGCCCUACAGAGCUGUGGCUCAGGCUCUGGAGGUGAUCCCCAGGACCCUGAUCCAGAACUGUGGGGCCUCCACCAUCCGAGUGCUAACGUCACUGAGGGCCAAACACACUCAGGAGAACAGUGUGAACUGGGGUGUGGAUGGUGAGACAGGCUGUCUGUCUGACAUGAUGGCUCUGGGCAUCUGGGAGCCGCUGGCUGUUAAAGCUCAGACCUACAAGACGGCCGUGGAGACGGCCAUCUUGUUGCUGCGCAUCGAUGACAUCGUCUCUGGUCACAAGAAGAAAGACAAAGACGGUCAGAUGGGAGGACAGGGAGCCGAGUAGAUCCACAUCAGAACCACUCCAACAGUCGUCUGUGUGUGUUUGUCUAACUGUCUGUCUGCCUGUGUGUGUGUGUGUCUGUGUGUGUGUGUGUGUGUGUGUGUGGGGACCAGACGACUCACUGAAACUCAAUAAACAGUCAAUAAAGUUA